CUUAUUAUUUGGGAGUUGGUGGUAAUGCGUAAAAAUAGACUGAAAUUUGUCAUGCAGAUUUGCCGACAACGACAACAAUUUAUUAAUUCACUGAUGUACGCAGUAUUUCUACAUUGUUGACGCAUUUUAUCAUCAUAUUAGAUUUAAUAUCCCUGCAUCAUGUUCGGAAGAGGGAAGAAAAGUAAUAACGCACCGCCAAAAUCGGAUCAAGUUCGAAAAACGAACACAGACAUGUUUGGCAUGCCUGACCUAUCGGCCUAUGCUGUCAAUGCUGAGGUGGGUGUGUCCGAUGAGGCCCUGGAGGCCGAGCUAGCCGCCCUGCUCGAAGAGGAAGAUGACGACGCCCCUCAGAUCACCAGGCAACGAAGACCAGCUCCAGCUCCAGCCAAGCAGAACAAGACAGUUGAUGCUAUCAAACACAUUGAUGCAAUGGCUGCCGAAGCAAUGAAGGACAUUGAUGAUGAUGAUCUCGAUGACGAUGACGAAGAUGAGGAUCUCCUACUUGCUGAGCUUGAGGACAUCACACAGGAAUCGUCAGAAACCCUCACUCCUCCUGUCCCAAGUCCAAAUAUGGCAACUAGACCUAGCCCUAAGCCCAGCCCUGCUGCAGAGUCUAGUCCAGCCCCAGGGCUGAGGCCAGGACCAUCCAGUGUGAACAGAAGUCCCUCGCCUGCUAGAAAAUCAGGUCCUGGUACUGCAGCACCAAGUCCAUCCCAAACACAGAAACCCUCGGAACCAGCUGAUAUGAACACCCUGCUCCAGCAACGUGCCCAAUCGUACCAGCAGGCCAUUGUCGCAGCAGAGGCAGCUGGGGAGGGGUCAAAGGUCAGGAGAUACAAACGUCAACUCAAGACCUUGACAGAUAUGCUGAGGAAAGUCAAACUGGGUAAACCUGUUGAUAAGGAGGAGAUUCCCCCUGAUGUCUUUGUACCUAAACCAGCAGCUGAUGAACAACCUCCUCCCCAGCAGCAGCAGCAGCAGCAUCAACCAGUGCCUGCACCUCGGGCACCAGCAGUGACACAUCCAACCUCUCCCCCAGCAAUAGUAGAGCGACCAGAUCCUGCACAAAGCAAAAGUACAGAUGCUGAUCAAUUGAAGUUACUGAGUGUGAAGAGAGAUCAAUACAAAAUGGCCGCCCUCCUUGCCAAGAGGUCAGGUGACAUAAAGACUGCUGCCGAACAUCUCAAGGUUGCUAAGCAAUUUGAUGCAGUUAUCAAUGCACUGGAAGCGGGUCAGCAGGUUGACCUCAGUGGGAUGCCCGGGCCCCCUCCACAACCAGCAGCGGCAGCUCCUAGGCAACCUCCUGCUCCACAUCCGACUCGAGCUCCUGCACCCACAGCUCCUGCACCCACAGCUCCUGGUCAAGCUCCUGUUCCUGGUCCAGGUCCAUCGGCAAGCUCAGACCAGGGCUAUCCCAGUCCCAAGACGGACCUUGAGGCUCUGCUUCAGAGACGAGAGAAGUAUAAGAGCAUGGUGGACAAGGCAAAGGAAGAGAAUAACGACUCCAAGGCUCGCAGGAUUGGACGCAUCGUCAAGCAAUAUGAAGACACCAUGAGGAAACAGAAGUUGGGCAAGCCAGUCGAUCUCUCCGAGCUACCCGCUCUUCCAGAGUUCCCUCCCUUUCCUUCUCAAUCCGGUGGCCAGACUGCCCCACCAGUAGCCCAAGCCGUUGACCUAGCAGCACCGCCUGCAGCUGCCCCGGUAGUUACGGCAGCGGCGGGGGCUAGUGCCCCUCAAGCAUCCCGGCCCGCUCCCUCAAGGCCUCCAGCACCAACGAGGCAGAUGUCAGCUAAAGAGAACAUGUACCAGCGGAACAUCGUCGUCUUGAAGGACAGGAUAAAACAGUUUAAAAUGCUGGCCUUGGAGUCCAAGAAGAGCGGAGAUAUAUAUGAGGCUAAGAGGUUACUCAAGAUUGCUAAGGAAAUCGAGCACAUGUUAAGUGCUGCUGAAGGAGGCCUGCCUGUCAAUCUCGACUCAAUACCUAAGGUUCCUCAAAAGGAGCUUGAAGCCGUCUCCCCUCCAACAUCACCGGAGCCGGAAGGAGGCUUUGAGACGGUUGCUGAUGGCAACGCUCAGGAGGUGUACGCAAGGUUGAUUGCCACCCUGCAAAAACAAAUCGAGGUAUGUGAAGGGAAUGCCAAGGUGUAUGGAAAACUGGGCAACAUCAAAUCAGAAAAGAGGUUUCAAGAAUUUCAGGACUCUUGUCAACAGGAUCUGGACUUGUUGAUCUCCAAGCAGUCUAGAGGGGAAGUCAUACCCAGACACCAUUAUGAGCAGAGAACACUACCCUCUGUCAGACUUUGUCCAGAUGUCAAAGAGAAUGAGGCCGAGAUAACCAUUGUGCAGGGAUUGCAGCUACACUGUCCCAAUGAAAAAGAUUCAAAGGACAUAGACACCUAUAUAAAAGCAGAAUUUCCUUAUCCAUCGGACGAGCCUCCGACCCAUAAGACAGGAUGGGCGAAAGGAGCCGAUAAUCCCCAGUACAACUUCAGCUUCACCGUGGAGAUCAACCGCAGCUCCAGGACUUUCAACUCGGCCAUCAAAAGGAAGGCGGUCAAACUUGAAAUCAUCUACAGCAAAGGCUUAUUACGAGGACACAAGACGUUAGGAACAGCCAGCCUCAAGCUUGCCGAACUAGAGAACAAAUGCGAGCUGCAUGAAUCAGUACCGCUGAUGGAUGGAAGGAGAGAGAUCGGAGGAAAGAUUGAGGUCAAAGUUCGCCUCCACCACCCGCUGUCAGGGUUGAAGGAAGAUUUUGUGAAGGAGAAAUGGCUUAUCAUCGACAGUGUUCAUAAGAAAACAAAGAUAUCAAGUCCUCCAGCUGCAGCUUCUCAGCAGAAGCAAUCUCCAUCAAAAUCAUCUUCAGGUGGUGGCAGGUCGUCUGGAAGCGUACAAAGAACAUCGGCUACUGACUGCGUUGAAAUACUCAAAUGGGAGAUUGGAACGCUCAAGAAAAAGAUUGGUGACAUGCAAGCGCACAAGCAGCAGGUUCCUAAUGAGUUUAUCAUGAGCUACAAGGCCCUUCAAGAAAGACUACAGAAGCUACAGACAUUUUUGAAGGAAGGCGGAUCACAGGCUAGACAUGCCUAUGUCUCAAGGUUACAAGCCCUGUCACCGAACCUCUUCGCCCAGGCCAAAGAGUCGCUCCAGGCAGGUCAGAAGGACAAAGCAUCCAUGUUCAUGACCAAGAGAAAGCUUGUGGAUGCUGAAAUUGCUUCUUUAUCAAGAAGAUAGAGCUCUUUGAUUCAAUUGAAGCAUUUUUCAUCUGAUGAAAACAUUAUGGAGGUAGUUGCCAUGGAUACUGAGAGGAGCAAGAAGAGAGUUUGGAUGGUGGGAAUCAGAUGACAUGAUCAUUGCCUUUACUCAUGUGUAAAUGAAUUUUAAUAGCAUCUUAGAAAAAAACAUCAGAUAUAAGAACAUCUGGUUGAUUAGUCCCAACUCCUCCUGCCUCUCUCCUUCUCCUCCUCCUCUCCAUUCUUCUCGCUUAUCUUCUCCCUCCUCUUCCCCUUCUCCCUCCCCCUCCCCAUUUUACCUCCCUCCUUCCACCCUCCCCAAACAAGUACAUUCUUCUAGGGACAGUGACAAAGUCAGGAUUCUCUCGGUGGGGUGGGGGAUGGUACAAGCACAAAAAAAAAAUCUCUUUUGUAAUUUGAGUUCUCCUUCAUGGGUUGAAAACCAUAGGACACUGUCACAACAAAAUGUGUUUGUACCAUGUUGUAACAGGAAUUUGUUAUAAAAGAGUUUUUUAUAACAAUGUUCCAUUGUAAAUUCUUUUUAUUUAAACCAUUAUAUUCAUAUAACCCAGAGAGAUGUAUUUAUUUGCAACACUUAGUUCAUGAAUUAUUGUGAUAGCUGUUAAAACUGUAUUUUAGUUUAUGUGUAUAUGACACACAUAAUUUAUGUAGAGGCCAUAUUAAUGAUACCAAUAUUUUACUUGUAUAUUGUUGUAUAGAUCUUCUAUAUGUGGAAGUUUUGAUGUUCGUUUUCUACCAUUAAUGCAAGACACUCGAUCAUGAAUUUGAUAGGAUUGCCAAAGAUUGUUUAUGUAUGUCACAAAAUAGAGUUUAUUUAUUGUGCCUGUGCCUCAAUGAAACAGAGAAUAUAUGAUAAAUUAAUAUGAGCUGGUUAUAGGAUUUAUACAAAGUUUAGAAUUAUCUAUGAAUUCAGUUUAAUAAUGAAAUGUGUAGAUUUAUGUUUAGGUAUGAAAUCAAAGUAGUUUUAUAGCAUAAGUGCAACACUGCAAGUACUUUUUUGUUAUUCUAACUUAUAAUGUAAAGAGAAGUCAAGUUUAAAGAAUAUUUCAAUGAAGCAGGAACAGGCCUAGAUGUUUUAGUUAACAUAAAGCUAUAAUUCAAUACAAUAGGAUGUCAUGGGUGAGGAAUGCAGCAUGUUUAUUUUAGCAAUAACCCAAAAUUAUAUAAAGAGCCAUAGUCGUGGUACAUUUC